AUGUCGCGUGUCGUCUCCACGUCACGUUGGUUGAAGCUAUUCACACUUGCUACAUCUCUAUACUUCUCAUCCUUCCUAAUUGCCGGACUAGGAAUUGAAAACUAUGGUACUAUUAUCCAGGUGAACAUGGGCCUACUGUUAUGGAACGCCUUUUGCAGCCUUGCCGGCGUCUUCGUCAUCGACAAGAUCGGCACUCGCAAGGCUCUAAUCUUUGGCACAGCUGCCACUGUCGUCCUCUUUGCUAUCCUUUCCGGCCUUUCGUACCUUGCAGACCAAUAUCCCGACGACCACGGAUAUGCCAUUGGCGCCAUCGCUGUUGUGGGCUUAUUUCUUUUGGCCGUGUCUUUCAGCUGGAUGCUCCUUGCCUAUACAUAUCCACCCGAGAUCUUGAAAUACUCGCAGCGGUCUAAGGGUGUGGCAAUUUCUCAGGCCAUUGGCUAUGCUUUCAGCUUUCUCAAUCUCUACACGGCGCCGAUAGCUAUGGAGAAGAUUGGCUGGCGCUACUUUGCCAUUAACGGCGGAUGGAACCUCGCAAUCUUGGCUACUGCGAUUUGGUUAUUCGUUGACACAAAGGGCAGAACUCUAGAGGAGAUUGAUGAGAUCUUUGAUGGAACGGGUCAUGCCGGGGGCGUGAUUAUAGGAACGGAUACUGCUCAUAGCUUUGAGCUAGAUACGACGGGCGAGGCAGGAAAUAUUGUUAAGAAGCCUGCAUUGGCCUCUACCACCACGGCUUAA